CCUUCCUUAAUCACCCUGAUUUAGUGAAGGGUUUUACGGAGGAGUACAGAAAAGAGUGUGAAAAGGGUUUCAAAACGAAGAAAAAAUCCCCCAAAAAAGGAAAAAAGAUUUUAAAAAUUUAUUCUAAUUAAUAUUCCUAUAAAUUGAUAGAUGGCUGAAGAGGGUAUAGCUGUUUCUUCUGGCACAGAUUUACCAGUGAAGAGACCUAGGGAAGAAGAAGAAAACAUGAGUGAGAAAAUCGGGAAUGGAGCUUCUUCUAUUUCAAUGGAGGCUGAAGAUAAGCCUAAUUCUAUCUCAACAAUUAUUCCUGGCUGGUUUUCUGAGAUUAGCCCAAUGUGGCCUGGUGAAGCACAUUCUCUGAAAGUAGAGAAAAUUCUGUUCCAGGGGAAGUCAAAGUAUCAGGACGUGACUGUCUUUCAGUCAUCGACCUAUGGGAAAGUUCUUAUUUUAGAUGGGGUAAUUCAACUCACUGAGAGGGAUGAGUGUGCAUACCAAGAGAUGAUCAGUCACCUCCCACUUUGCUCCAUUCAAAACCCCAAAAAGGUUCUGGUCAUUGGAGGAGGAGAUGGAGGUGUCCUGCGUGAAGUAGCUCGCCAUUCAUCAGUGGAGCUUAUAGAUAUUUGUGAAAUUGAUGAGAUGGUUGUAACGGUAUCUAAAGAGUUUUUCCCUGAGGUAGCUGUCGGAUAUGACGACCCACGGGUAAAAUUGCAUAUUGGUGAUGGAGUUGCAUUUUUAAAGGCGGCUCCAGAGGGGACUUAUGAUGCGGUCAUUGUGGAUUCGUCUGAUCCAAUAGGUCCAGCACAAGAGCUCUUUGAGAAGCCCUUUUUUGAAUCAGUUGCAAAGGCACUGCGACCAGGAGGUGUCGUGUGCACCCAGGCUGAAAGUAUAUGGCUUCACAUGCAUAUUAUUGAAGAUAUUGUUGCAAACUGCCGUCAGAUUUUUAAGGGGUCUGUGAACUAUGCAUGGACUACUGUUCCUACAUAUCCGAGUGGGGUGAUUGGCUUCAUGCUUUGUUCCACUGAGGGGCCAGAAGUUGAUUUUAGGCAUCCGGUGAACCCUAUUGAUAAAACUGAAGGUGAUGGAAAUACAGAGAGACCUUUGAAAUUCUACAACUCAGAGCUUCAUUCAGCUGCUUUCUGUCUGCCCUCUUUUGCGAAGAGGGUCAUUGAUGCAAAAUCCAAGUAAUCUUGGUCUGCCGUGAAGACCUUGUUUCUAUUGAAUGGGAAGAUUUCAUUUGGGAUCGAGCAGAGAAUAAAUUCAUCCUUUUUUUGUUUCCGACAUUCCAGGCAGACAAUUUUUUUCUAGUCAUUAGAUUAUGCAGUAUGGCAGUAUUUGUUGAAAUUUCUUUCCCUUUAAACAAAGCUGAGAAAACUCACGGGAACCAAUUUGUUAGCUUGUUUCACCUGUACUUUUAUAAAUGAUAAAAGGUGUCGUGACCAAUGA